UAAGUAGAGAUGUGGUUUUUUUAGGAGUAAUGAUUUUAGGUACUGGUACAAUUGGUGGACCACUUAUAUGGGUCUCAAUAACUCAUGACCUUCACCUAGUCACUAUGUUCAUCUGGAUCACCUUACGGUUAUUGCAAGCAAUAGAUGCACAUUCUGGCUAUGAUUUUCCAUGGUCACUUCGAAAUUUCCUUCCUUUCUGGGCAGGUUCAGAACAUCAUGAUUAUCAUCAUAUGGCAUUU